AUGUUUCAGGUCAAGCUGACGGGGAUUAGAGCAAGAACAGAUUGUGCAGAUGUUUAUCGAGAAGGAUUUCACACAAGUGGAGUUUACCAGAUCUACCCUUCUGGGCCUUCCAUUCCGCUGAAUGUUUACUGUGACAUGGAGAGCGAUGGUGGAGGAUGGACUGUAUUUCAGAGAAGGAUCAACGGCUCUGUUGACUUCUACAGAGGAUGGGACGAUUAUAAACGGGGCUUUGGGUCUGCAGAUGGUGAAUAUUGGCUGGGGCUGCAGAACAUACAUGCAUUAGCCACCAGGAGGAAGUAUGAGCUGAGGAUCGACUUGGAAGACUUUGAGAACAAAACUGUGUACGCAAAGUACGAGCACUUUGCUCUGUCCCCCAGUGCCAUUAACGCAGAGGAAGAUGGAUACAGGCUCCAGGUGCUGGGCUUCAUUGAUGGAGGAGCAGGUGACUCACUUGCCUACCAUAACGGACUCAUGUUCAGCACGUUUGACAGAAAUCACCGGGCUCCCCUGAACUGUGCACAGAAAUGCUGUGGAGCGUUUUGGUACAAGUCUUGCCACACAGCAAACCUCAAUGGUCUUUACUUAAAAGGACCACAUUCCUUCUAUGCCAAUGGGAUCCACUGGGCCACAUGGACCGGGUAUUACUAUUCCCUCAGAGCUACAGCAAUGAAAAUGCGACCAAACUCUUUGCCGUUUCCUGGUUAG